CGGAAGUGGAAGUCAUCGGAAUGUUCCCUCGUAACGUGUACACGUUUCUGGACGAAGAGACCGGGGUUUGGAGUGGCCGUUCGACUCCGCCGGUUUACAACCCGAACCAGGGCGUCGGGGAGCUGUUGUGGCAGGUGCUGGGUCGUGCUCCGUGGAAGAUAGCGCAGAUUAGUGCCGACACGGGGGCUCGUGUGACGUACCAGGAGCUUCUGCUGCGAAGUGUUCGGGUGGCGCAGAAUCUGGGCUCGAUGGGGAUCGAGGUGGGGGAUUUGGUGACCUUGGUCGCGCGGAACAGCGAGAAGAUCGCUCCGGUCGUGUUUGGCUGUUUGAUGGCCGGCGUUCCGGUGAACACGUUGGAUCCCAGCUUUCACCGGGAGGAUUUUGCGCACAUGUUUGGAACGACGAAGCCGGUGGCGGUGUUGUGCGAGGGGGAUUUGGUGGAGGAGGUCGAGGCGGCUUUUGAGAUGAGUGAGAUUUCGCCGCAGCUGAUUGUGUUUGGUCCGAGGAUCAACGGGUUUGCUCGCGUUGACGAUCUGCUGGUUGAAACAGGAUCCGAGGAGCACUACGUUCCGGUGAGGAUUGAAGAUCCCGCGAAUCAGCUUGCGAUCGUGCUCUGUUCAUCCGGGACUACCGGGAAAUCGAAGGGCGUCUGCUUGUCCCAUGGACUGUGCAUCGCCAACAUGGCUGCGGUUUGGAAAUGUCGCGAGUCCGAUCGGGUACUCUGUCUAAGCUCACUGUACUGGAUCUCCGGGAUUGGAACGCUGCUGACGGCUACGCUGGCCGGAGCAACUCGGGUCAUCACGACGGAUCGGUUCAGUGCGGAAAUGAUGAUCGAUAUAAUCGAGCAGUACCGUGUCACGGUGAUCUUUUUCCCGCCCUCGCAUGCGUUGGCCAUUUUGAAUGAACCAAGCGUCGGAAUGGCGGAUUUCUCCAGCCUGCGGCUGGUUCUGUGCGGAGGAGGUCCGACGUCGGCGGAUUUGAAGCGGUCCUUUGAGAUGUAUCUUUCGCGGGGGAAGUUUGUGGUGGUUUAUGGGUUGUCGGAGCUGGGCGGGGCCGGAAUGAUGAGCGAGGUAGCUUACAAAGAUGGUUCCGUAGGGGUGUUGACGAAUGGAGUGGAGGCGAAACUUGUGGAUGAUGAGGACAACCUGGUUGAGAUUGGUCAGGAGGGCGAGUUGAACAUAAGGGCACGUUUCGUCUUUAUGGAGUACUUUGGCAACCCGGAGGAAACGGCCGAAAUGCUGGACGCGAACGGCUGGCUGCACACGGGGGACAUUGCGCGCGUCGACGAGGACGGCCUGUUUUACAUCGUGGACCGCAAGAAGGACAUUAUCAAGUACGGCGGCUACCAGAUAUCGCCGACCGAGAUCGAGACCGUAAUCCUGAAGAUGUCGGGCGUGGCGGCGGUUUGCGUGACGGGGAUUCCCGUGCCCGGGCAUGACCUGCCGGUGGCGCUGGUUAUAAGGGCGCCCGAGUCGGGUGUUACGGAGGACGAGAUUGUGCAGCAGGUGGAGAGGUCGAUGGUGGAUUUUAAGCGGCUGCGGGGUGGGGUGUUUUUUGUGACGGCGUUUCCGAUGACGCCGUCGGGGAAGAUCCUGCGGCGCAAGUGCCGCGAGAUUGCCGUCGAGCUGUACAAUGAGGCUAAUGAUGGUUGAUGUUGUUGAAAAUUUGAGGAAAUAAUAAAUUUUGUAGC